UUACACCCAUUGUACAGCCUUUUACGUAAGUUGAUGGUGAAAGAUAUUGCAAAUUCCUUGGACACAAUUGCUUGCUGUGCAACUGCAGACCACCGCACUGAAACUGGCCCACAGCACUGAUAAGGCGCAGGAAAUUUCAAAACAGGGUCGAUGUUGAUAAAAAGCAUUUGAUAAAGACGUGCACGUUGCAGUGCUGUGGUGCUAUCGCGCUAUCGUUCUGUGCAAACUUCCUUUUGCAUUCACGUUUUCAGAGGGUUUGGUGGUGUUGCAACAUGUUUGGUUUUAUCAGACAGAUGAUUGGACCGUGGCUUGAUACUUUUGUGACUGCAGAAGCUAGCUUUUAAGCCUUUAAACACUCAUUUGAAGACAGGCAACUUUGUCAUUUUCAUUAGCAAUGGAUACUAGAAUCCGCUCCCAGACGUUGAUGAACAAACAAAACAAGGAUCUAACUACUGAGGCGGGAGGGGUGAAAGAAAAUACCAAGAAGAACCGCUACAAAGAUAUCCUACCUUAUGACCAGACGCGCGUCACACUGCUGUCAGACCACGGCAGCUCAGACUACAUCAACGCCAGCUUUAUCAAGGGGGCGCUGGAGAAUCAUUGCUACAUCGCCACCCAAGGCCCCCUGAGUCACACUGUGGUGGAUUUAUGGAGGAUGAUCUGGCAGUAUAAAGUGAAGGUUUGCAUAAUGGCUUGCAGAGAGAUUGAGCUUGGAAAGAAAAAGUGUGAACGAUACUGGGCAGACCACAGCGAGACGGCAAUCUUUGGAGAUUUUGUGAUCACCAACCUUGAUGAGUCCAGAUCUAAUGAAGAGGUCAUUAUUCGAAUGCUCUCUGUGCAGUGCCAGGGGGAAGUUCGGACACUUUCCCAUUUCCAGUACACCGCCUGGCCAGACCAUGGGAUUCCCAGCGACUGCGAUGGGAUUCUGGACAUGAUGGAGGAGGUGCACUCCAGACAGGCGGGCGACACGGCCCCCAUCCUCAUCCACUGCAGCGCUGGCUGUGGCAGGACGGGAGUGAUAUGUGCAGUGGAUUACAUCCGUGAUCUCCUUCUAACAGAGAGAAUCACCGCAUCCUUCAGCAUCUGGGAUAUUGUGCUGGAAAUCAGAAAGCAGAGGCCAUCGGCUGUGCAGACCAAGGAGCAGUAUGAGUUUGUUUACCACACUGUGGCUCAGAUGUUCCAGAAGGCCCUAAAAUGCCAUGGCAACAGCUAUGAGAACCUCAAUGAGGAUCGCGUGUGCCUUUACGACGAUGUGGAGUCCCUGAACCAAGCGAAAAAACCUCUUUCCCCCUCACCGACGAAGACAUCAAAGCUGCAGCCAAGCAAGCCUCCCUUGAAACCAAGACCCUCUCUUCCUUCUCUGCACAAAAAUAUGAGUGACACCUACGCAGUGGUUAACAAGACCAAACGGCGCGUGCCAUCAGACAAUCCCACCGCUGCCACCAUAAGCCCAACCUCCCCGAAGACCAACCAUGAGUAUGACAAUGAAGAGGGGGUCUCCAAAAACCGACAGCCCCCAGACUUGGAUGCUCUGUACAGUCGGGUCAAACCCAAAGCUCGGUUUCCAUCAAGCCCAAACGAGCAGGCCGCACCCCCGGUCUUUCCUUCAGUGCCCGUCUACGAGCCCACCUCCUCCCCUCCCCUGAAAGGAGUCGACGCCAGCCUUCAAGAGAGAGGGACCUAUGACAAUGGAAGUGGCAGGAACAGCAGCUGUCUUGGCAGUCUGUCUCACAACCACAGGAAGGAUGGUAGCUUGUCAUCUUUAAGCAAGAAAUCUGCUGUCUCCCAAUCCACAGAUGACAAUUACGAAUAUGUAACAGGGUCUUCCCAAGGAACUCCUAACUGCAGCAAGGCCAACGGAUUAGGUUUUAACUGUCGGGUUGGGAAACCUAAAGGACCCAGAGACCCUCCUUUCGAGUGGAGUAGAGAAGAGAGAUAGCAAAAGGAGAGGCCGUCCUCAGUGAUCUUCAAUAGCAAUGCAGAGAUGGACAGUCUGCUACUCGGAGGCAAUGGUAGCUACAAUGCCAGCAUUUUCAAUGGAAUAAUCUUUGGUAAAGACUUUUUUUUUUUUUUUAACACAGGUUUGUGUCUGAGAAGCUUUUUCUUUUAAAAUCAAUGCAUCAACGGCAACACAUCUGAUAAUGUCAUUUUGUGUAUAAAAAAUACUAAAUAAAAAUGUGUUUAAUGUC